AUCUAUAACUGAUAUUACAGGCGCUUAUCUUGCUCAUGAUACAAGCUCACUACCCGAAGCUCAAGCCACCACCUUGCAAUAUGUUUGAUAAACAAUCCCAUUGUGAGACAGUUGAAGGAAAAAGUGCUGUCGUGCUCUAUAUUGCUCUCUACAUAUUGGCCACUGGUACUGCAGGCAUUAAGGCUGCAUUACCAUCACAUGGUGCUGAUCAAUUCGAUGAAAAAGACCCCAAGGAGGCGAUGCAAAUGUCCAGCUUCUUCAAUAAACUCUUGCUAGGACUGUGCCUCGGUGGUGCUGUUAGUUUAACUCUAAUUGUUUGGAUCCAAGACUACAAAGGUUGGGACUGGGGUUUAGGUGUAUCUGCUGCAGCCAUGUUCUUUAGUGUUGUCAUCUUUGUUGCUGGAAUGCCACUGUACCGAAUCCAUAUUGUUUCUGGAUCUAGUACAAUCCUCCAAAUUCUACAGGUACACAUACUGCCAAGAAAAAUCCAGAGUAUUUUGAGGCAAAUAGUAUAUGUUGCAGCCAUCCGUAAUAGAAAACUUAUUCUCCCUGAAGACUCUACGCAUCUUUAUGAGAUAGAAAGGGACAAGGAGAAUGCUAUGGAGGACGACUUUCUGCCACAUAGAAACAUUUACAGGUUUUUAGACAAGGCGGCAAUUCAACAAACACCUUCUCGGCAAGUUGGAAACCCCGAAGCUUCAAGUGCAUGGAAACUAUGCACAGUCACCCAAGUGGAGAAUGCAAAAAUAGUUCUCAGCAUGGUACCGAUUUUCUGUUGCACAAUCAUAAUGACCCUUUGCUUGGCUCAGCUCCAAACCUUCUCCAUCCAACAGGGCCUCACCAUGGAUACCAAACUAACCAACUCUUUCAGCAUCCCUCCGGCUUCACUCCCCAUCAUCCCAGUCUCCUUCAUCAUCCUCAUAGUCCCAAUCUACGACAAGAUUUUCGUCCCCUUUGCUCGAAAGUUCACUGGGAUCCCCACAGGAAUCACCCACUUGCAACGAGUAGGUGUUGGAUUGGUCCUAUCCAGCAUUUCCAUGGCCGUCGCGGCAUUAGUGGAAGUGAAGCGCAAAGGCGUAGCGAGAGACCACAAUAUGCUGGACGCAACCCCUGUUUCGCAGCCAUUGCCAAUCAGCACAUUCUGGCUUUCUUUUCAAUUCUUCAUAUUCGGAAUCGCUGAUUUGUUCACAUAUGUAGGGCUUCUGGAGUUCUUCUACUCCGAGGCGCCGAAAGCCUUGAAAUCUGUAUCUACAUGCUUCCUUUGGAGUUCGAUGGCAUUGGGAUACUUUUUGAGCACCAUAGUUGUAAAGAUUGUGAACAGAGCUACGGAAGGAAUUACGAGAAGUGGAGGUUGGUUGGUAGGAAACAACAUAAAUCGGAACCAUUUGAACCUCUUCUACUGGAUGCUUUCAAUCUUGAGCUUGAUCAACUUCUUUAUCUAUGUAUUUGUUGCAAAGAAAUACAAGUACAGAAACCAGAAACCCGCCGUCUCCAAUGCCGUUAAUGACAGUCGGACGCCAUAAGAGAAGAAAGAAGAAGAUUAUAUAAGAACGAAUAGUCCCCUAGCGUAUAUAUUAUUUGUCAU